GCGUGCGCCCCGCCAGAGCCGGCAGAUGCGCCUGCGACGCCAUGGCCAGGCUGACGGGCGCCCGGCCCGUGGCCGCCCGGCGCUGGGGCUGCGCCGCCGCCUUCCUCCUCCUCCUCCUCACCGUGCAAGCCGCCCAAAAAGCCGACCUUAGCGGGGACACGACGGCUGCCACCAUCAACCACUCGCUGACGCUGCUGCAGCGGCUGCAGGAGCUGCUGCAGAACGGGAACGGCAGCGACUCGGUGCUGCGGGUGCGCUCGGCCACCUCCGACGAGGCCAAGGUGUUCCACACGCACCAGCUGCUGCUCAGCCUCCAGAGCGAGGUGUUCGAGAGCCUCCUGCGCAACCAGAGCGUCGUCACCCUGCACGAGCCGCCCGAGACCGCCGCGCUCUUCGACAAGUUCAUCAGGUACCUGUACUGCGGGGGGGUGUCCAUCCUGCUGCACCAGGCCAUCCCCCUGCACCAGCUGGCCAGCAAGUACCGGGUCUGGGGCCUGCAGCGCGGCGUGGCCGAGUACAUGAGGAGCCACCUGGCCAGCGAGUCGAGCCAGGGCCACGUGGUGGGCUGGUACCACUACGCCGUGCGCGUCGGGGACGCGGCGCUGCAGGAGAGCUGCCUCCAGUUCCUGGCCUGGAACCUGUCGGCGGUGCUGGGCAGUGCCGAGUGGGGCUCGGUGAGCGUGGAGCUGCUGCUGCUGCUGCUGGAGCGCUCCGACCUGGUGCUGCACAGCGAGCUGGAGCUCUACACGGCCGUGGAGGGCUGGCUGAGCCGCCGGCAGCCCGAGGCGCCCGUGGCGGAGCGGGUGCUGCGCGCCAUCCGCUACCCCAUGAUCGCGCCCAGCCAGCUGUUCCGGCUGCAGGCGCAGUCGGCGGUGCUGGCGCGGCACCGCGGCGCGGUGCAGGACCUGCUCUUCCAGGCGUUCCAGUUCCACGCCGCCUCCCCGCUCCACUUCGCCAAGUACUUCGACGUCAACUGCAGCAUGUUCCUGCCCCGCAACUACCUCGCGCCCAGCUGGGGCUCCCAGUGGGUCAUCACCAACCCGGCGCGGGACGACCGCAGCACCAGCUUCCAGACGCAGCUGGGCCCCAGCAGCCACGACGCCGGCAAGAGGGUGACGUGGAACGUGCUGUUCUCGCCGCGCUGGCUGCCCGUCAGCCUGCGCCCCGUCUACUCGGACUCGGUGUCGGGCGCCAUCCAGCCCGUGCGCAUCGAGGACGGGCGCCCGCGGCUCGUCAUCACCCCGGCCAUGAGCAGCCCCGACUUCGCCGGCGUCACCUUCCAGAAGACGGUGCUGGUGGGCGUGCGGCAGCAGGGCCGGGUGCUGGUGAAACACGCCUACAGCUUCCACCAGAGCUCGGACGAGGCGCCCGACUUCCUGGCGCACGCUGACCUGCAGAAACGCACCUCCGAGUACCUCAUCGACAACUCUCUGCACCUCCACAUCAUCAUCAAACCCGUCUACCACGCCCUCAUCAAGGUGAAGAAGUAAUGAGGGACAGCUGGGCCCCAUGGGGCUGUGCUCUGCGCUGCCCGCCCCUCCCCGAGUGUCCCCCUGCCAUGUCCCAUCCCCAUCGCUGUCCCUGGGCAUGGGGGAUGCUGGGGGCCCUCCAGCACUGGGCAGGGGGUGUAGGAGGCACAACAUGUGCCCACGGGCACAAUGCAGACCCCACUGGGGACAGGGACAGCCCGUCCUUCCUGUGGUGCCACCCCUGCAGCACUGGGAUCCCUCUGUGUGGGCAGCUGGAUCCAGCUCAGGGGCAAACUGGGAGCUGCCAGGGUUGGGGAUGAGGGGUCCAUCUGCCUCCCCUAGUGGAGGAGGGGUGGGGGGCACCACCCCUGCUAACAGUGGCAGCUGCCCCAUCCCUGUCCAAGGAACCCCACCCCUUUCCUAAUAAAUCAGAAAACAAGUGUGGAGA